AGCACGAGCUCGGAACUAUCGGUAGUCUUAGGUCGAGUCCCUUCUCCGUAGCCUUGUGAACCUGGUGAACUCACGUCCUCGCCGACUUCUGAUCUCGCGAUUUCAUUACUUUAUAGUGUACUCAUCUUCGGCGGCGAUCUGCUGGAAGUGGUAGUCGGCAACAUCUGGUGCUGGUGCGCUCUGAUUGUGUCUUGCAAAAGUGCGCGAGUUUUGAUUUUCGCACGAUGUGUGAUUCGCGGAGAAAUAUGUUUUGGGUGUUUUUGAUUGGGACUUUGGGGAUUUUUGGAGGAUUUAAUAAUGCUCAACAGAAUUUGCAGACAAAUUUUUCAUGUUUGGGCCGCACAACUGGAUACUACGCAGAUGUUGAUAAAGGAUGUCAGGUCUACCAUAUGUGCGACGGUCUAGGAAGACAAUUCAGCUACACUUGCCCAAAUGCCACACUAUUUCAACAACGGAUGUUGAUUUGUGAUCAUUGGUACAUGGUGAAUUGUAGCAGAGCCACUGAAGAUUACAGCGCCAAUCUUCUCAUAGGUCAGAGAAACAAACCAUUUUUGGAAGACUCGGACACGCUGCACUUUUUAAGAACACCUCGUCCCGAUUUGCUUGUUGCUCCAUCGAACAGAACAGAGUAUAAUAUAGUAUAUCGAACCGGUGAGCAAAAUCUAUCACCCAGAGACUUCGUAGGCGUAGAAAGCGAAGACGAGAGCGUUACUGAUCAACCCACCUAUUUCCCUCCAAGUUCCUGGUCUACGCAAAUACUCAAACAGACGUCAACUCCAGAACCAUUAACCAACGACUUAAACGAGAACACUAAUUUAUCGAACGUACAACGAAGAACAAAUUCUCAAGGAAGAGGAAAGGCCAUUAACUUCUCAUCCAAUAAAAAUAGGAACAACUUAGUCAACUAUAAAUCUAAUUUCAAAGCUACAACUCCUGUUUAUCCUCAAACCAUAGAAGAUACAACUCAGUCGUCAAAUAAUGUUGGAUUACUCGCACCAGUUCAAUCGGCAAACAAGAAAAUAGAUACGUUACCAGAAAACGGAUUGUCACUUGAGCUAUUACCACCUGCUGUAGAUCCAGAUCUUUUCGGUAGACAAGAUAAUACAGCCAGUACCAUUAAAGUAAACUUUCCUUCCAAUUACAAAGCCACGACCCCACAAUAUCCAUCAGAAGAUGAACUAACCAAAGCACUUCGUGAAAAAUUAGAAGGAUCUAACGAACAAAGUCAAUUUAAAGUUAAUUUUAAAUCCAACUUCAAAGCUACCACACCAGUAUAUCCUAAUCUAGUAGAUCCUACCAGUGUAGACCCAGACCAAUUGGGAAUUCUUCCACCACAAGGAAAUGUUGUAAACUUCCAUUCAAAUUUCAAAGCCACAACCCCUCAAUACCCUACAUCAGUUGACAACACUAGUCCUCAACCCGAUGAUGUUGGUUUAGUCCCACCAAGAGAAGUUGAACAACUUUCCUCACAAGAUACUAAAGACCCUCCCAUACGUGUAAAUUUUGAAUCAAACUUCAAAGCUACUACUCCUAAUUAUCCUUCUUUUGUAGAUCAGACCAGUGUCAAUCCAGAUGAUGCUGGAUUGCUGCCUCCUAAUGGGGAUGAAGAUAAUACUGACCAGGUCAUAAUAAAUUUCCAGUCAAAUUUUAAAGCAACAACGCCACAAUAUCCCAAUUAUGUAGAUCCUACGAGUCCCGAUCCCAAUGAUCUUGGACUGUUACCUCCAAACAACAAAGACAAAAUCAAUGGAAAUGAAAACAUCCACGUGAAUUUUGAAUCAAACUUCAAAGCAACAACUCCCCAAUAUCCUUCUUAUGUCGAUUCUACAAGUCCAAACCCGAACGACAUUGGACUGCUUCCACCUAAAGAAGCACCCAGGGUUGCAUUUAAAUCUAAAUUUAGAGCUACAACUCCUAACUAUCCAACUUCCGUUGAAACAACUAGUGCUAACCCAUACGAUGUAGGUUUAGUCCCACCUCUAGAUACAAUUGUUAAUUUUCACUCAGACUAUAAAGCUACUACUCCCGAUUACCCUACUUUUGUUGAGUCGACCAGUCCCGAUCCACAACAAGCUGGCUUGCUAGCACCUCAACCCGAAAAUCUACUAGGUUUAAUCAAUCCUAUUAAAAAUCAAAGACCAAGGGAUAGUGAGUUUUCCAACAAUUGGUCAGUGCCAUCGAAGUCUUACCAGCCACCAAGUAUAGAUCCUGAUUAUAAUGUAGGCGAAGAAGAGCUGCAGGAAAUACCUGGAAUUAAGCUUUUGAACUUCAUGAAGUCGUUUAAUAAGGAGCAGUGGCAAGAACUGAGGCAAGCAUUUAGAAUUCCAGAAUAUGAUUUUCCAUUGGACGAUGCGACGAGACCAAGUUAUGAUAGUGUUGUGAACUCUUUCGAACCAGUGUCAGUUAAAAAGUGAGGUAUCAAAAAGAUCAGGAAAUGUAGCAAUAACUCGAAAAUAAAUGUUUUUUGAUCAUGCACUAGAUAUUUUUAGGCAUUGUUUUUCAAAUUAGAGUACGGUACAGCUGGUUCCUAAAAAAACUGAUACGACUCUUAGUAAGAUUUGAUCAUUUUGAGCAGUGUAUGAUUGGUCUGACAUUAUAUUAUAUUUAUUAUGACAGACAAAUAAUAAAAUAAACAAACACACAGCCAUUUUUUGAGGUUGAAGUUAUCUGACAAAUUUUAAGAUUCGGCAGUGACAGUGACAGUAUGUAAAUAAUAAGUAUUUAUCCUUCAAACUUUAAUAAAUUAAAUAUAAUUAAACUCAUAUUCAUUAUAUCACACCUCAUCAAAAGCUUUUUACAAGAACAUAGUCAGCGAUUUUGAUAUAGCUUAGAGCCAGACUACAUCAAGAUCGCCUAUAAAUCGUGCUGGUAAUUGCCUUGCAGCGAGGCCAAAAACAAAAGAAGAAGUAGAAGAGAGUACACUGCUCAAUUUUCUACAAAAUACGCUUUAAGAGUCGUAUCAGUUUUUUUUGGAACCAGCUGUACAUUCCAUGUCAAAUCACUCAGGCAAAAAAUUUUGGAUCUCCGAUUUGUCUGAAAAUUGGUAUAUAGCUUCUGCGGGACGUAAAAAUAAGAUAUUUAAGGUCAAAAAAUCUUCUUCUUCUUUUUUUCUCAAAAUGUUAUUUUAUGCGAUUUUACAGUGAUUUGGUGUUUAUUUAAACAAAUUUACAUUUUCUGUCGUAAAGUAUCAAUGAAAAACAUAAUAUUUUAAUAGAAAGAGUAAUAAAGAAUAAUAAGUUUAAUAGUAAGCAUGAUAACAAGUUAUUUUGAAUCAAAACAAGUUUUUGAUCAAAUUUUAUAGUGUAAAAAACGUUAAAAUAACGUUUUUUUACAUCUUCCUCCAUUCCUAAAAUACAUCAUCAUCGAUUUGACUAAAAAUUGGCCCACAGAUAGCCAAAAGAUAGGACUUUAAGUGGUUAGAAGGAUUUGAAUUAUAUUACAAUACCAAAAAAGUUACAUGCAGUAAUAUCAGACUCCAAAGUAUAUAUUAUUAGUCCAGUCGGGAUAGUAUUUGACCUUGAAUGCCGAGCUGCCUAAAAUUUUAUUUUUCUGAUCUUUAGGGGAGUCAAUAGUAGCCUAAAUUUAAAAUCACGAAUGAAUUCCUCCGUUACGUUAGCCGCCAUCUUGAUAUUAAAGGAGAACCUGUUUUGCUCAAUAUCUCCACCAUUUUUAACUUUUCGACAAAAAUGGUAGGAACUGAAAUUGUUCCAAAUAAAUCGUGUUUACAAUUAUUACAAUUUCUUUUUAACAAUUUUUGUCGUGAGGUCGAUAUUUUCGAGUUAAGUGUACUUACACUAAACGCCUAUGUUUUUGACUAUAAUAUUGCAUGUAACUUUUUUGGUAUUUUAAUAUAAUUCAAAUCCUUCUCACCACUUAAAGUCCUAUGCUUUGUCUUUUUGUGGGCAAAUUUUCAGCCAAAUCGAUUAUGAUGUAUUUUGGGAAUGGAGAAAAAUGUAAAAAACGGUAUUUUAACGUUUUCUACACUAUAAAAUUUGAUCAAAAGCUUAUUUUGAAUCAAAGUAACUUGUUAUAAUGCCAUAUAAUGACAUUUUUGAGCCCCUUCUAUUAAAAUAUUAUGUUUUCCAUUGAUACUUUACGUAGGCAAGUACUUUUAGGGGAUUAUCGCUGUUAAUUGUUGUGGAAUACUGAAGGAUGGUUUAUUUAUGAUAAUUCACAGAAUAGCAAACGCGCUUGUAAUAUACAACAACGGUACUGACUCUAAAAAUAGUUUGGAACAGAAACAUUGAAACAUAACAGAGAUUAAACCUCUUUUAAUGUGCAUGCUUCCUAGGGCGUCAUUAUCUGAAUCUCGUUUUUAUGAAAAUACAUCCUGUGAUAUAUUUGUGUUUUCUGUUUAUCGUGCAAGUGCAGUCGUGCAUUAACGAAGUUCCUAGUUCCUAUAAUAAAGUAUAUAUUAUAAUGAAGUUAUAGUAAAGAGAAAUAAAAAGGUCUUUUGUGUAAUAUUUUUAAGUAUAAGUUUAGUAUUAUAAGGAACUAUUUCCUAUAAAGGCUUUUUGCUAUGUAUUCACAAAAUUAUAGAUACUAGAUUUCUUUCUGAAAAGUGCCCUACAAAUGUUCAUAAGACGUACAUUGAAUGUACAUAAGGUGUACAAUGAAAGCUUCAAUACAACGUACAAUGUACGUUUGUAGCGGACGUUCUAUGGACGUCCAAUUUUGUGAACUCUGGACAUUCGUUGGACGUCUAUCGGAUGUCCAUUGUACCUUAGCGGGACGUCCAUUGGACGUUCCAAUGUACACAGAUGUACGUCCAUUGGAUGUCCAUAAAACGUACUUGUGCUAUCUGGGAAUACGUCCCGCAGAAGCUAUAUACCAAUUUUCAAACAAAUCGGAGGUCCAAAAUUUUUUUUGCUCCAAAAUUGAGUGAUUUGAAAUGGAAUGACCCGUACCUAUUGCAUAAAGAGUGUGCAGUUAAAUCAGCUAAUAGACCUGAAUUAUGACUUUGCUUUGUAGUCCAGAGAAAUAAGAUUUUUCUUGUGACACAUCCCCCUCCAGGCAGAAGCCAAAUUUUUUGAGUAGUAUGGACAUCUAUAUUAAUAACCUAUAUGUUUCCUGCAGCCGAUUCUGAUGAUAUUCAUAGUUAUAAACAAAUGACGAUCAAAAAACGAUAAAGGACACCGCACACAUCUUAUAGAAAAUAUAAUUUACAUGAAUAGAUCCAUCCUAAAAUUUCAAUAAUUUGAUACGCAUUACGCCAGCUCUGAAAUUUGAUUAAUUAGUGCGUUAAUUGUAAUUAAAGUUUAUCGAAAUCGCAUUUUGAAGUCCAUGAAACUGGCAUUCAUAAAUAAUAUUAGUCUAGCGGCUAUUGAAUACAGUCUAUUCAUCACUAGCUUAAGCCGAUUAGAGGCGGUACAACUAACCAAAUUAUACCUAUUUUAUUAUCAAUAAUAAUAGGAAAAGAUAAGAGUAAGCAUCUGCCUUAAUCCCUCGAGAAAGAUUUAUGGAGUAAGUGAAUCACAAGAUCUUUUUUCUCUCUUUGACACACGUACAUUCCUAUUUGAUUUUAGAUUUAUUUUUAUCAAUUUACGCUCUUGUUAAUCAAAAUACAGAGUUGGCGCAAUGUAAUCAAAUUAUUGAAAUUUCAGGAAGCAUCUAUUCAUGUAAAUAACUUUUACUUCAUUUGAAUGACAUUAUAUUUUCCAUAAGAUGUGUGCGGUGUCCUUUUCGCUUUUAAAGCAUUCGGACAGUAAUACUUAGGACAGUUUAUGAAAGAAUAACAUUUAUACUAAUCAUUUAAUUAGAAAAAAUGACAAAAAGUAAUUUUAAACAGUGUAAAAUUAUUUUGCAAAAACAUGCUGAUUUUUUGCUUACUUAUAAACAAUUAGAAUACCUUUUUAACCGUUUCCCGUAGAAAAAUUAUUUUUUCAUAUUUAGAAAGACUGAAUUUUUAUACACAUUUAGAAAGAAAAACAAUUGUCCUAGAACAAUUAGGGACGAAGUUAGCCCCCUCCUUUUUUUAAUUCACAUGUUCUUGCAAAAUAAUUUUGCAAUAUUUAAAAUUAUUUUUUGUCAUUUUUUUUUUAAUUAAGUUAAUAGUGUAAAUCUUCUUCUUUCAUAAACUAUCCAAAGUAUUACUGUAACUUCAUCAUAUUCUGACUUUAGUGUUGCAAAAAAAUUAAUUUGGGAUAAACAAAUUAAAUAACUUUUAAACUAUUUGACCGAUUGCUUUGAAAUUUAGUAAGCACCAAACGUCUCAGCAUUCCGUGUAAUAAGAAGGUUUUAAGUUAAUUUUUACAUAGGUUAUGAAUAUUUAUAAAAACUCAAAAUUUAUUAUUUAUUUUGCAAUUUUCUAAGCAACCGAUAAGGAUAGACAUAUUCAGCGAACGCCAUAUUGAAGAUUUUUUAUAUGAUUUAUGAGUUUCUUGCUCUCAAAUUUGUUUAAAAUGUACAUUUUUGGUAAUAGACGAAAAAAGCGAAAAUUUACCGUUUUUUGAUCUUCAUUUGUUUAUAACUAUGUAUAUCAUCAAACUCGGCUAUUUUUUUUUUCAAAAUUCUUUUAUUUUAUCGCAUUAUCGUUGUUUAUUGCGACAUAAGCCUGAUCGACAACAAUAAACUGGGGCUCUGUUCUCAAAUUCCUUAGGUUCCUUUUUGACAUGUGAAAUGACAUUAUGUAGUGCAACUGACACAAAAAUAACAAAUGUGUUUUAAUAAUUUUUUACGUGUGUGAAAAUUAAAUAUUGACAUUAACAGGAUUCUUCUGAAGUUAUAGAUAUAAUUAGUUCUUGUAACAAAUUUUAACGAAAACCAUUUGAUAUAAGUAUUUUAGUUCAACAGGCGAUGCAGGCCUUGCAAGCAAUUAGUAAAGUAUAGUUGUACCAGCUAUCUAAACUAUUGUUUGAGGUGUGGAAUUCCAUAAACAAGGGAUCUACCUGUUUUAUUAAAUGAUCCCUUAUUUAUGUAAUUUCACGCCUCGAACAAUGUCAUUCUGUUGAGCUGAAUAUUAAUGAGUUUCUUAGAUAAAUUGGUACUACUACACAUAAUUAUUGAUAUUAAAGUGUUGCCAUCAUUAUAUAUAUAGUCUUGGCACUGUUCAUUAUUUAUCUAGCAUGUUUUACUACAAAUUAGUAUUCUCUUAGGAGAGAAAUAUUUGCUGUAAGCAAAUAUAAGUUUAAAUAUUUAUAUAAAUUUUAUGUAAAAUAUAUUUACAUAAAUUAUAUAAAUUUAUAUAAAAUAUAAAUAUAAAUUUCAAAAAAUUGUAUGAAAAUAAUUACCUUUAUCUCCAAAUUUUAACUAUUUUAAAAAAUACAUCACUUUUAUUGUAUGCUCCCUGCAUUACUUGUUGUAUUUUUUGUAGAACCAAUUGGUGAAUAAGUGAAAUGGGGUGUAUAAAAAAUUUACAUCAAAUAACGACAUAUUUACUUUGAAAGCAUAAUUAGAUAAGCUCAUUACAUCUGUAGGUACAAGUUAUUGCCCUGACUAUCAAACCGUAAUUUUUGUAAGUUGUUUUUGCAACAAUUUUUUUAUUGGUAGUUUUACGAUCUUUUCUGGUUCAAACCUGUUGACCAAUGAGUUCCUACCUCAAGUGGUUUCCUAAACGGCAAUGUCAAGUCACCAUUUCAGUGACCGAUUUUAUCUUCAUACCCCUUUAUAUCGAUGUGUUAAGUAAGAAACUCGCCUCAGCCUGCUAUGCUAUAAGAUCUGUUUCGAAAGAACUCAAUUUAGCAUCUUCUAAACUAACAUAUUUUUCUUUGUUCGAGUCUCAUCUUCGAUAUGGUCUUCCUUUUUGGGGUUCUAGUACAGCUGCCCAAUUAGAUGUUAUUUUUAAAUUACAAAAAAGAGCAAUAAGGUAUCUGUUUGGCCUCAGAAGAACAACACAUUGCAGAAGUUACUUCAAAGAUCACGGCAUUUUAACCCUUACAUCUUUAUAUAUUUUAGAAACUGUUUGCUUAAUUCGUAAACACAUGCAUGUCUUUCCAGCAAGGUCUCGUCAUGACUACUCCACCAGAAAUUCAAAUUUUGAUGUCUAUUUACCGAUCCCGUCCUCUGAGUUAGUAAAGAAAUCUAUAUUAUAUUCCGCAAAAAAACUAUACAACCAUCUUCCUUUACAACUCAAAUCUGCAACAUCUUUCCCCAAGUUCCGUAAAAUGACAAAAGCUCAUAUAUCUAAAAGACCAUAUUAUUCAGUAGAAGAGUUUCUUAAUGACUAACUAAGAAAUUACAGUAAUGUACAAGUAACCAAACUUAUCUAUAUUUGGGUGUCACAUGCAGCAGCUUAAACUUAUUAGUUCCUAUGUCUAUAAAUAGUUUACUUUGUUGUAUAUUCACUUUGCAAUUUCUAUAAAUUGUUGCAAUAUAUCGAUUUUGUUUUUUUUUUCUUUACUUUAUUAACUUAUAUUUUGUAUUUAUGUAUAUUUUUUUUAUAUUGACGAUUUAUCAAAUUUCAGAAAAUUGUAUUUGUUAUUGUUUUUGUUAGAUAUUAUUUAUUUAUUUUUUCUGACUUUAAUUAAGCUUUGUCCAUAAAAUUUGUAUUUUCAGUGACAAUAAAGCAUAUUUCUAUUCUAUUCUAUCUCUCGUUUAUUGAAGUUCAUCAAACUGUUCGAGAGUUUUUAUCAAUAUUCUUGAUUUUUUUUAAUCCUCGUUUCUUGUAGCAUCUUUAGUGAUGUCGCGGAUAGGCUAUGGAUCUACAAAGGAUUCUAUCAAGCCUUGUUUUGCCAAUAGAUAUGCUCGUUUAUUCACAUGCACCCCUUCAUGACACGGCACCCAUAUUAAAAACACUUUAUCUUUUUCCUGGUUGUUGAGGAGAUCUUUGCAGUUCCUCAACAGUUUUAAUUUGGAGAGUGGGUUCUUUACUGCUAGCAUAGCAGCUUGGCUAUCUGUGAAAAUGUGGAUUCUCUUUGCUUUGGGGUCUCCAUCAUGGGGUCCACGAAAGCAAAACUUCAGCCUGGAGCAUAGUUGUAUAUUGACCUAGGCUGCAAGAUUUAUUAUAAUUGUAAAAUAAAAAAAUAAAAAGGAAAAGAUUCCUCUCAUUGGCUGUAUACCAUAAUAAAAAACUUACUAAUGAAGUAAAAACCUCAGGUGUAGGUAGAUGGUAUAUAAUUUAUUAAAAAAAUUUUUCUAAAAUGAUCCAAAAUGGAUAAAAUCACACAAACGUUUUCGGACCAAUCAGUCCAUCAUCAGGUGGUAGAAACCUAAAAUAAGCAAACACCUGCAUUAAAAAACAAGGCCGAGAUGAAAUUUUGACUGUCUGAAAGUUAGGAAAAAUUACAACAUGUGGUUACUUACUUUAGAUCCAAAGUAGUUGGAACUAGCUACAUAUUUAGGUCAAAAGACCUUAAUAUUAUAAUAAUUAUGCCAUUUCGGCUACAAAAAUGUCGACAAUAAGUCGAUGUUAACUCAUUGUCGACAUUGUUGUAGCCGAAAUGGCAUAAUUAUUAUUAUGUAGCUAGUUCCAACUACUUUAGAUCUAAAGUAAGUAACCACAUGUUGUAAUUUUUCCUAACUUUCAGACAGUCAAAAUUUCAUCUUGGCCUUUUUUUUAAUGCAGGGGUUUGCUUAUUUUAGGUUUCUACCACCUGAUGAUGGACUGAUUGGUCCGAAAACGUUUGUGUGAUUUUAUCCAUUUUGGAUCAUUUUAGAAAAAAAAAAUUUAAUAAAUUAUAUAAGUACCGUCUACCUACACCUGAGGUUUUUACUUCAUUAGUAAGUUUAUUAUAAUUGUAUGUUUUCCCAAAGACCACUGGGCAGUUUUAAAUCCAUCAUUCUCACUGGUCUACUUUUACCCCACACUUUUUCGUACAGGAAAAAUAUAAGCUAGUUUCUUUCUAGUCAUUUUCGACUAUUUUGUUUUAGAUCUAGAUUUAUAUUUUAUUCCGGACCAAAAUAUUUUACAAUAAUCUGAUUUAAUUGUGGUCACUUUAGUUUAGAGAAGUCGCUUUUUUAAUCAAUAGGUAUUUAAGUAAAUUUUGCUUAAACUUCAUUUCUAUUAUAAAAUUAAAUUUACCAACUUAUCAUCUGUAAAAAUGUCAGUGGCAAAUGAAAACAGAAGGACCAAAUUGUCUUGAAAGUUGGUAAAUUUUAUUACAAAUAAAAUGAUUACCAUUUCUUUAUGAAAUAGUAUUUCACCUUUUGGUCAAAUAGGCUGUAAUUUGUAAUGUUCAUGUUAUUUAAUUUAGUUGAGGAAAACUAGUCAAGAUCAAAUGCUAAAUGACAUGAAUAUUUCUAUAUAAUUUAUUAAUAAUUUGUACAUAUAAACGUAUAAGAUAUUUAUUAAGCGUUAGUGCUGCAAAUAAAUAUGUUUUGUGUA